UGUGAGCCAAAAAAAACAAAACAAAAAAAAAAAAACUCCUCCCGAAUCAUUGAUAACUACAGUAUUUAAAUAAAUCUACUGACAGUGUGUUCCUGGAACUUGCAUCAGAGAACCAACAGCAAUGCAGAGCACCUGGCUUUUGUUUCAAGUGGGGGUGGCAAUCCUUUCAUUAGCUGAGAGCAAGGAGAUGGCAUCACUGGAGGAUAUGUCUGAAUGCAGGCAUGAAAUUCCACACCACAUAUUAGAAAAAAGGUUAAAAACAAACCGAAAUCCAGUACUGUGGGGUAAAACCAGACCAGCUAAACACCACUGUCCAGAGUGGUCACCAAGCCUGCUGGCUAGUUCAAAUGUUCAUGACAGGUCUCUUUCACCAUGGGCAUACAGGAUAAAUGUGGAGCUUGGUCGCUUUCCUGAAAUCAUUUUUGAAGCAUAUUGCCUGUGUGAUGGAUGUCUGGAUUGGAGGGAUCUCAAAUUUACCUUGAAUUUCAGUUCUGUUCCUGUGACAAGAACAGAGAAGGUUUAUCGCAUCGAACCCUGUGGAAACGGGAAGUUCAAGUAUGUGCCAGAAUGGAUUGAAGUAGCAAUAGCUUGUACAUGUGUUGCACCAAAAGGUGCUACAAGUAAGAAGAUGAACCACUUAAACAAAGCACUGUGAAGCCACUACAUGCUCUAUUGUGUAGUGUGAUGACAUUUGCAAGUAUGCAAUAUCCAAUAGUUUAUGUGGUGGGAAGGAAUCUUUGAACCACCUCCAAACCAGUACAAUGUCCUAAUUGAUCCUUUGAACAUGCAUGCUUAUCAUGGGAUAUUGAAACAAAAUGUACUUGCAUGGUAAUUAAUAGGCUAAAGAUAAAAUAAAAUAUGAAAUAAAAAUACAUAAAACAUCUAAUUAGUUGAUAACACUAAAGCUACAGUGACAACCGAUUUUUGUACCUGGAGAUUCUUUCUGAUGGUAUGUGUUUUCUAUGGAUUGGUCAAACGUUUUUCAAGAAAUAUUUGUGACUUAAUAUAGACAAAAUGAUGGCAAAGUAUUUGACAAAUGUUCUGGCUUGUGCCAUAAUAUACUGUUGAAGAUGGUAGAGGGUGGGCCAGUGUAUGUAUAGUUUACAGUUCUGAUCAUUUGCACUGGCUAAUGCUAAGAGGUUACCACUGCUUUUACUAGGUAUUUUGGGAACACUGAACACUACAGUAUAGAACCCAUUGAAAAGGUUCUCAAUGUUUCAUGGCACUCGUAGAAUAAAAAUACAUAUUGAAAACAAAAAAUUGUGAGACAUUAUUUUUGUGAAAUGUAUGUUUUACACCUGGUU